AUGACCAGUAAUAGUCCAUACAUAGUUGUGCUUGUUUAUCCCAACUGUCGUAUGAGAAAUGGCGACAACAGAGUGACAUUUGAGUGUGAGGAUCCGAUAUUGUUUCGCACUCAGCGUGUGAAAACAUUGUCGGAUUUGAAGAGUUUGAUAUUGAACAAGCUCGAUGGAACACAAGCGAGGAAAAUCGGAAGGGUGACGUAUAGGUUGCUGGCACCCAUAGGUAACAGAGUCUUCCGGUUUCGACUAUUCCGACUUCAAGGGGACGAGCAUGUGCGACUGAUGUUCGAUAUCCAUGGGAGGAUCAUGGUGGAGCAGGUAAUGGAGCUUUCUGCAGAGGUGGGACACAGUGGUGGUGGGAGUUCCGCACACUCAACCUAUGUACAGGACGACCGACCUCUCGCACCACCGCCCAUUCAUGUCGCCAUUCCAGUAGAUGAGGCAGAGGAGAGCAAGGAGGAGUCGGACGAGGAUUACAUGGCGGACAGUGCGGACAGCGACUCGUCCGAUAGUGGGGAUGAGGAUGAGUUUGUUCCGGAGACACUUGUCCAGACUGUGGUGCGCCAUGUCCUGCCUCCACCUCACCCAAUUCCGCCGCUAUCGACAAUGCCAGCUCACUAUCACAGUCUGGAUCUGGACGCCAUGCAUGAGAGGACUCCGUUUCCUGACACAGGUGAAGAGGAUUACAACCUAGACGGCGGUGUAGAGUUUCAGUGCCGUCAAGCUGAGAAUGGGUGUCAAUGGAGCUUCCGUGUAGCCCUUCGUCAGAACAUCGGAUACUGGGAGGUUUGGAGGGUUGGUGGUGUGCACAGUUGUCUAGCACCCACCAUGUCUCAAGACCAUCGUCAAUUAGACAGCAAUCUGCAGGAUCAUCUUGCCGUUGAUUCAGUCCAACCCCUCUGUAAGCAUUCCGGUUUUGCUUGGAUAAUGAAAUGGGCCUGA